AAGGAUAAAUUGGAAGAAUACAUGGCCAGAUUUUCCAAAGUGAGGAUUGUUCGCACCAAGAAGAGAGAAGGACUCAUCCGGACCCGUCUCCUGGGGGCAUCUAUGGCCAGAGGAGAAGUCCUGACGUUCCUGGACUCCCACUGCGAAGUCAAUGUGAACUGGCUGCCCCCGCUCCUCAACCAAAUUGCACUAAACCACAAAACCAUCGUGUGUCCCAUGAUCGAUGUCAUUGACCACAAUCACUUCGGGUAUGAGGCACAAGCUGGGGAUGCCAUGCGAGGAGCCUUCGACUGGGAAAUGUACUACAAAAGAAUCCCCAUCCCUCCAGAGCUCCAGAGGGCAGAUCCCAGCGACCCUUUUGAGUCUCCUGUUAUGGCUGGAGGUCUCUUUGCUGUGGAUCGGAAAUGGUUUUGGGAAUUGGGUGGCUAUGAUCCAGGUUUAGAAAUCUGGGGAGGAGAACAGUAUGAAAUCUCUUUUAAGGUUUGGAUGUGUGGAGGAGAAAUGUUUGAUGUUCCAUGUUCUAGAGUUGGUCAUAUCUACAGGAAGUACGUUCCAUACAAAGUUCCAUCUGGGACAAGCCUGGCAAGAAACCUGAAGCGGGUAGCUGAGACCUGGAUGGAUGAAUUUGCCGAGUACAUUUACCAGCGGCGGCCGGAGUACAGGCAUCUCUCCACGGGGGACAUCUCUGCCCAGAAGGAGCUGCGCAAGCAGCUCAAGUGCAAGGACUUCAAAUGGUUCAUGGCUGCUGUGGCCUGGGACGUCCCUAAAUACUACCCUCCAGUGGAGCCCCCGCCUGCUGCCUGGGGGGAGAUCCGAAAUGUGGCAGCAAAUCUCUGUGUGGACAGCAAGCAUGGAGCCACCGGAACAGAGCUGAGGCUGGACAUCUGUGUCAAGGAUGGUUCUGAAAGAACAUGGUCUCAUGAACAGCUUUUUACCUUUGGAUGGAGAGAAGAUAUUCGACCUGGUGAGCCACUGCAUACCCGGAAAUACUGCUUUGAUGCGAUCUCACACAACAGCCCCGUUACACUCUAUGACUGUCACGGCCUGAAGGGGAACCAGCUCUGGGGAUACCGGAAGGACAGAACAUUAUUCCAUCCUGUGAGCAACAGCUGCAUGGAUUGCAACCCCGCAGAGAAGAAGAUUUUCAUGGCCAGAUGUGACCCUCUCUCUGAGACUCAGCAGUGGAUUUUUGAACACAUUAAUAUGACUGUUUUAGAAACGUUUAACCACCAUGCCAGCUCCUAGAAAGAAGAAAGGAAGAAAGAGUGAUUACCUACAGGUUAUAAAUUAAAUUUUAGCCAGCAUCUGGGUCGA